GAUGAAAUAUCCUACUAUUUCCGAGAUGGCUAGGGAUAUUCUUGCUGUUCCUAUUUCCACUGUUGCUUCUGAGUCGGCAUUCAGCACAGGAGGUCGAGUUUUAGAUUCGUUUAGGACCUCCUUAUCCCCUGAAGUUGUGGAGGCGUUGAUUUGUUGUGAAGAUUGGAUAAGAUCUUCAGACUCCGAGUUGGUGGCUGAUGGAGAAGAUGAGGGUGAUGAAGUGGUAUUUCAAAAUGUAUAUGUAGCUUUUCAAGCUCGGAGUGCAAGUGAACCUGCAGGACCUAGUGGAAGCUCUCGUGCAGGACCCAGUGGAAGCUCUCCUGCUACCCAUGUUUUGGUCUCGAGUCCUACUAUGUCACAAGUGGAAGAAGACUAUGUCGACAACAAUUCCGAUGAGAAUGAUGAGACUUAUGUAGAUGUAGAGCCUGAUGAGGAGUGAUAAUGGUAGUAGUAUUUAUCUUGUAUGGUGGAUGAAUUUUUAUUUUACUUGGAUGUUAUCAUUUGAGAAUUGUAAAACUAAUGUGUUUAAUUACGAGUUGAAGAUAAUCUCAUCUAUGAUUGUCGUAUUUUAUGUUGAACAAAAUUAUUUAUAAUUUUGCGCCAAGCACCAAACAUUUUUUUGCAUAUGAUAGU